AAAUUAGGAUAAUGCUGCGAAUAUAAACAAAGGAUUGCGGAAAAAGCGUUUUACACAAGAUCGUUGGCACUUACCCAGCAGGCAAUGAGUUUUAAUUUCUACGUGGAAUCGUUCAAUUCAACGUUGCAGUCGAUUGCGCGACAAGUGGAGCAAUUUGCUGGCGUUGCACUGAAGGCAGCUGUCGAUCUGCGCGGAAAUCUGGAAUCCCUGACCGGAGAUUUUCACUGGGAAAACGGACCCAUCGCCUUCACCGAUCUGCAGGCCACGCUGCUGAAGGUGCUCAUCGUCCUGCUGCUGGGCACCUGCGUACUAGCCGGCUACUCGUGGUCCGUUUACGGCCAGGUCAUCACGGAGAAGUUUGUCAGGCCAAGCACGCUCAAGGAAAUCGAGGAGCUUAAGUUGUCGGUGGCCAAGUUGAAGCUGCCCAAGGAGCACUCGCCGCGCAUCUAGAAACCAUGUCUAAGAUUAAGAAGUUCUUUUCGCGGAAGAAGGCGGAGGCGGCGGCCUUUAAACUCAAGUUGACUGGCAGCAGCAUGGGCACCGGCCACAAGCUGAAUUCCCCUAACCAGGAGACUCCUUCAACCAGUUCCCGCCAAAAGUACGAGGCCUAUGUGCCACCAAAGCGAAAUGAAAUAAGUAACGAGGCCAGGGCAGCUGCCAGUGCGGCACUGGCUCGCAUCGACAAGAAAACAUCCAGGGAAUUUAACACCUCGCUGUCGGCAGUGAAGGCACAGGCUAAAAGGGAGCUGGAGGCAGAGCGUCGCCAGAAGGAGGAGGCAGUGGGCCUGGCAUCUAGCACCAGCACAUCCACAUCGGCUUCCGGCGGCGACACUCGCAACCUCGCCUGCGAAGGCG